UCGAAGGCUUGCUGGACUUGCAUUUAUGUUUUCAGCAAGCAUUCUCCUGCAAAUAUUGGCUUGUGCCUUGUACAACAAUUGGUGGCCUUUGCUAUCAGCUCUCAUGUAUGUAUUGGUGCCUAUGCCCUGCCUAUUUUUUGGAGGGGGUUCAACUCAGUUUCUGAUUUCCAGGGAUGGCGGUGGAUGGAUGGAUGCAGCAAAAUUUCUGACUGGUGCUUCUGCUGUUGGAAGUAUUGCCAUCCCUGCAAUUUUAAGGCACGCCAAUUUGAUAGAGACGGGUGCCAUGUUCAUCGAGUUCACUUCCUUCUUCAUUCUUGUUUGCACAGUGUUAUGUUUCCAUAAAGUGAGCCUUGAAGAAGAUUGGUGAAGCUACUUGUAUUGCUUAACCAGUAAUUGUGCAAAAGAAGGGAAAUGUACCCUCCUUCUGGAAUCUGAAGAGGAUGAAUUUUUCAAAUUUAUAUUUUGUAUAAAAUACGAACACUUGAAGCUC